CUUAGAUGUGACACAUUUAAGUAUUGUUGAAUUUAUUAAAAAAUAUCUAGUUUUAAAAUAUACACAUAUAUAUUUAAUCAGUGAAACAUAACAUUUCUCAUAAUUGAUCCAAUGGGAUUGAUUUGAUGUUGAUCAACGCAAAAUAAAUGAGUUCAGAACUUGGAGCCGCCCUUUGCGCAUGCGCAUAUCAUCUUCGCGGGCAUAACUCAUUAGCAUAACGUCUUCUGGCGGGAGUGGACCGCAUCAGCAGGAACCGAGAAGCAAGUUGGAGCUCGUGUUUGAUUGAUAAUUUUUUUCAAGCUUCAUGUGGCAGCCUCCUAAUGUUAAGCAUUACCAAGCUCCUUGUGGCAGCAUAGUGAUUGAUUAUGAAUGUGGCAGUGUAAAGAAUGCAGUUUGGAACUAGUUAGCAGUUAAAGAUCUAUGUGCUUGGUAUUGGGAGCAUUAUGGUGGAUUUGAGCUGUCAUCCCCACCCACUACAGAGGUUUCCCUUGUUGAGCUUGGUGACCUGGUAGAUCCAUAUCCUCUUGUGGCGUACAUGGUUGAGAGUUUGCGCAUGGUAAUGCUAAAAAGAUUCAUCAUUGUCAAAGAUUAAAGGUGUUCCAACAUGGGGAGCCCAGCUGUUCUGCGGAUCAUUUUUGGUGACGAGUCUGACUCUAGAAAACUAACACUCGAUUCUGGAAUUCCAUCAGCAGUGGAGGACCUAUAUUUGUUAGUUAAGACAUUCUUUCAACUCAAAGAGGACUUCAGGUUGCAAUAUAUGGAUGCUGACUUCAACGAGUUUAUUAACUUAACUUCAGUGUCUGAAAUUAAAAACAAAAGCACGCUGAAAGUUAUAUACAUUCCUGUUUUUUCACCUGUUGAGCCCUGCAUCACGCUGUAUACAGUAGACUCAUCUGGUGAGCUCUCAAAUACCUCUUGCUCAAAUCCUGAAACUCCUGCUUCAUCUAUAGACUCAUCCUGCAGGGAUGAUACACCGUUCACAUCAACCCCAGAGUCAUCUCUAGAAACUCAGCUUUCAAAGUUGUCUUCCUGGCCCAAGGUGUUUUUGGUACCCAAAUUCACAUAUGAUGCAGAGUUUGAGCUACAGGACAAGAAUAGAUAGUAUGAGACAAUUGGAACAUACUUUAACCCUGGCCCAAAGUUAAAAGGAGUCAUUCUUGAUGGCCUAGCCCAAGAAAUGUUGAAAUACACAAAAUAUCCAAAAGACUAUCAGUGUGAAGAGGUAGCAGCAGCAUUGACGAGAGCUCAUCCUUGUUUGGGACAGCUGGGAUCCAAGACAGGAUUUUGGGGAUGGAAACAGUCACUGAAGUAUAAAAUGCAAAACUAUCGAACAAAGCUGGGGCGACUCGGACAUCCUGAAAUACGUGUGAACUCCUUUAAGCACAAACGUGAAGGCCAAGGCAAAGCUGCAGCCAACAUCAAGAAAGCGAGAAAGGCUGAAGUUUACUACAUACCACUGCACCCAAAAGGGGAAACCACAGAAAGCUUGGAGAGUGAGAGAAUCGCUUUGUUGUCAGAAAUAAAAAAACGUGACAAUGAAGUGGUGAUAAAAGCAAAAAUGGAAAAAACCUUCUCCCACAGACGACGAGAGGUCGUUGAACAGAGGCCCAUGAUAGAGGAAUUUAAAAACCGGUGGCCUGCCCUGUUCCAGCAGAGUGAAAUUAAUGAGGAGUUCUUGAGGAUCACUACAAAGCCACUGCUGUCAAAGUUUAUGUCACAACUGGACCACUUUUCACUCAAGCUGAUGCAGAUCUUCAAAAGCAAAGGAGGCGUGAAGGGGCAACGAAUCAAAGAAGUUCUGGCAAAAAUAGAUUUGUGUGACGACAUUGACAUCAGGAGGGAGUGCAUCCUGAGAAGCCUUGUUAUCUACCUCAAUGAAGAUCCAGACACAUUCUUCAAGGAAUAUCUGGCCUCCGCCACUGAGGAUGCAGAAAGGGACAUUGCCCUCACAGUCAUGGGGAUAAACAUCAUCCGUGGAGAUGGCGAUAGGCAGCCAGAGGAUGUGGGAGUUGUUAUCGAAGGCAUCAAAGUCCUAAGCAACGUGGACACCGUCGUCAUGGGGAUUAUAAUGAUGUUUGGGCUCAUUUAUGCCCUUGAUCUAAGCUUUCCAGACAACCUCAAGUACACAUUUGAGUUUUUCCAGAAGAUCCUAAUGAACCUGGAUGGGCAAAAGCUGAACACAAAGAUACAGCAGCUGAAAAUCAAGUUGUUUGCAUGAGAGGUGAACACUUGUUGACAAAGUUCAUCAUCGGAUCUUUAUUUUUGGUUGUAUUUUAUUGCCUUCAUUGUCACCCACUUAAGACAAUAUGACCUACAACAUUUUGAACUUCAGAAUUGGACCUAACUUUACCUCCCCAUUUUAUCUCUGAGUGUGACUACCCUCCACACUUCUCGCAUCCAUUUCUCUCCUCCGUUUCAUCACUCAACCCUGGAUAAAUGGAUUAAGUUCGACUCAAGACUUUGGAAUUUUAUUUUGUAUUUUUUGAAUAACUAGUACUGUUUUCAUGUUUUGUUUUUACUUGCUUACAUUCAAAGGAUAUUUGCUGCUAGCAUCCCAUUAAUAUCAGAUUCCUGAUCUGCGAAUGUUGAGUUUUUCUUAUUUAUUUUUGUUUGUUGCCAAUUUGAUCCAUGUUGUUUCCUUUUAUUUAACUCUAGUACAUUAAGGCUAAAGGCUACAUUAGCACACUUGCGCAGUACUCAAAUGUGUUUUUGCAGUUUCCUUUGUGGUGCUGAGUGUUAAUUUUACACCACUUUAGGCUAUUUUGGAGAACCGUUUCUCGUAAAGUUUUCCUUGCGUUAUUUAAGAAAAGUUAAAAGGUGUUUUAUAACUAAGACUGAGUUCUCUUGGCUUUUUAUCAAGUCAAUUUGACAUAUUUGUUAAUAUAAAACUAAGUUAUUGGUCUGUGUUGGUACGCAAAUCUGACAUUGGUCUUUAUGUAAAAUUUACUUCUUGAUGUUUUGUUUUCACUGAAACUCAACAUUUUGGUUUGUGUUUUCAAGUAACAUUGACAUCUUGUGGUGUUAUAUUCAAGAUUGUUGAAUUAAGGAUUAUUCUACAUUAAAAAUACCAACCAGG